ACUGACCACAGACCUUUGCAGAGCGCUGAAACCUGGACACACACACACACACUCACACAAACACACAAACACACACACUCACUCACACACACACACACACACACACACACACACACACACACACUGUAACAGCGAAGUGGUACCCAGCAUCCAAUUAUUUCAACAAGGAUUCCAAGCCUGUGUGACGUCACCCCACACAAGACUUCCCGUCAGUCACCAGUGAACGCCCACUCUGAGCGCUUCGGGAGAAAUCAGCGGGAAUUUCCACUGAACUAAAAAUAGCAGUGACAUUUCGCUUACCUUCCUUACUUCGAUUUUUUCAUUUCCAGUUUCGAAAUGUACGGUGUGAAUUUCUAUUCUAUUCUAUUCAAUUCUAAUUAAGAGCUCUUUGAAUUUAUUUUCUUCCUUCUGUGGAGUUUUCUAAUUUGGCAUUGUGAGAUUUUUCCCAAAAAUAUUUGUGCAGUGUGGUUUAUGAGGACAGACCACUAUUCUGGGAGUUGUGUUUUUAAAAUAACCUAAACUGUGUAGAAAGUUGGUACAGUGCUUGGAAUUAAUCAAGUGUGGCCAUCAUUGGUCGUGUUGUUUUUGAGUGUGUACUUUCACAGAAGUGAAUUGACCUGAUUUCAAUGGUUUUGGAUUUUUAAAAAAACAACAAAAAAACAAGCAAAGAAAUAGAACAAAUAUUGACGGCAAAUGGUGUUAAAAUAUUCGGAAAAGUAGAAAUUUUUUCUUUCAAAAGUGAGCUGUUAUUUCCACUUUCGAAUACGUUCCCCGUGUCGGAAUCACAAGAUAUUGGCACACAGAGCCCUCUCUGCCGUCCUCUGUCGCCCCACACCGUUCUAUAGGGGACAAAAGCGUCGAAACGACCGAUCAAACUAAAAGCUGGUUUGUCUUCACACCACCCUUACCGUCCUCUGGCUGACAAAGUCAUCGUUUAAAAAAACCCAACCAAACGGAACAAAACAAAAUUCCAGAAGUUAAGGGGAAGGUUUGGGAGCAAGUUCUCCUUUCUAACCCUAUACUCGUCACUGACUGCCUCAUCGCAACAGUCGUAAAUAAACAACAACAACAGAAGCAACAGCAGCAGCAGCUACAACAGCAAAAACACAGCAACAGCAGUAGCAACAGCAGUAGCAACAACAGCAACAGAAAAAAAGAAAGCAGCAACAGCAAAAAAAACCCCCCAGCAACAGCUAUUGCCACAGAUACAGCUAUAACUACAACAACAGCUGCAACAACGACUACAACAACAAAAACAGCCUCAACAACAGCUGCGACAACAAAACCACCGCCCACAAUGGACGGUCUAGGAGCGGUGGCCGAGCAAGCCGCCUUCAUCAUCGUGGAGGACGUCAGUCGCAGCAACAACGGCGACAACAGCACCUCCUCCUUCUCUUCCUCCUCAUCCCUCUCUUCCUCCUCCGACAGCAUCAUGGCCGACCUCCUUGGCACCAACACCACAGCGUCCUCGUUGCCAGGCAACACCACGGACAGCGAGCCCUACGAUGUACCCACAGGCCUCAUGGUGCUCCUGGCUUUCCUCUAUGGCUCCAUCUCUCUCAUGGCCGUUAUCGGAAACGGACUGGUGAUCCUGGUCAUCGUGAAGAACCGGCGCAUGCACACCGUCACCAACAUCUUCAUCGCCAACCUGGCAGUUGCUGACGUCAUCAUCGGUAUCUUCUCCAUACCUUUCCAG